AUGCAGGCACUUAUUUGCCUUCCAAUCUCCCCUUUCCGCAUCCCGUUCUCCCCUUUCCGCAUCCCGUUCUCCCCUUUCCGCAUCCCGUUCUCCCCUUUCCGCAUCCCGUUCUCCCCUUUCCGCAUCCCGUUCUCCCCUUUCCGUAUCCCGUUCUCCCCGUCGUGCCUCCCUUUCUCCCAUUCUUGCCUCCACUUCUCCCAUUCCCACCUCCCGAUCUCCCUUCCCUUGUUUCCCUCUCUUCCCUCCCUUCCCUUGUUUCCCUCCCUUCCCUCGUUUCUCUGUCUUCCCUCCCUUCCCUCGGUUCCCUCUCUUCCCUCCCUUCCCUUGAUUCCUUCUCCCCAUCCCUGCAUCCCCCUCUCCCCAUCCCUUCAUCCCCCUCUCCCCAUCCCUGCAUCCCGCUCUCCCCAUCCCUGCAUCCCCCUCUCCGCAUCCCUGCAUCCCCUUCUCCCCAUCCCUGCAUCCCCCUCUCCCCAUCCCUGCAUCCCCCUCUCACCGUCCCUGCAUCCACAUCUCCGCCUCUCAUUCUUCCAUUCUCUCCCUUUCCUCCCUUCUCUCCCUCCCCUCCUUUUUCUCCCAUCCAUGGUCUCUUCCUGCAGUCCCUUCCGUCCCCUCCCUCCCUUGCCUCCCUUCCCUCCCUUCCCUCACCUACCUCCCUUUCCGGGCCCUUCUCUCGCUUCCCUCCCUUCUCUCCCUUCCCUCCUUCCAUCCUCUAUCUCCUUUCCAUCCCUUAUCUCCCUUCCUUCUCUUCGCUCUCUUCCCUACCCUUGCAGUCUUCCCUCCCUUUCAUCCCUUAUCUCCCUUCCUUCCCUAAAACUCCCUUCCCUCUCUUCGCUCUCUUCCCUACCCUUGCAGCCUUCCCUCCCUUCCCUCUCUUACCUCCCCGCGAUUUCCCUUCUCUCCCGUCCCGCCGUUCUCUCCCUUCCCUCCCUUCUCUCCCUUCCCUCCUUUCUCUCCCUCCCCCCCUUCUUUCCCUACCCUCCCUUCUCUCCCUUCCCGCCAUUCUCUCCCUUCCCUCCCUUCUCUCCUUUCUCUCCCUGCAUCUCCUUUCCCUCCCUUCCCUCCCUGCGAUCUCUUUCCUCCCUUCUUUCCCCCCCCCCAACCCCCUCCCUUCCCCUUCCACCCUCCCUCCGUCUAACACCUUCUCCUUCCACCUACAGUACCUUCCUACCCGCAUCUCCCCUUUUCCCCCUUCCCUCCCAUGCUUCCCCCUUCCACCCCUUCCCCGCCCUGUUUUCAGUGUUCCUGAUUCAUGUCGUGUCCCUUUGGCCACCACCACUCCGCUGCUGCGAGUGUGGAAGAGUUAGGCGCUUGGGGCCGCUGGCAUCAUGCAUCGUGAUUUUACACCCUGAGAGUCGUCACAUGACACAUCCCUCCUUACCUCCCUUCCCUCCCUUCCCUGCCUUCUAUCCCUUCCCUCUCUUCCCUGCCUUCUCUCCCUUCCCUGCCUUCAAUCCCUUCCCUAUCUUCCCUACCUUCUCUCCCUUCCCUCCUUUCAUCCUUCCCUUACCUUCCCUCCCUCCCAUCCCUCCCUUAUCUCUCCUCCUUGCCUUCCCUCCCUUCCCUAUCAUCCCUCCCUUCCCUCGUUUCCCUCUCUUCCCUCCCUUCCCUCGCUUCCCUCUCUAUCCUCCCUUCCCUCUGUUCCCUCUCUUCCCUCCCUUCCCUCGGUUCCUUCACUAUCCUUCCUUCCAUCGUUUCCCUCUCUUCCCUCCCUUCCCUCGCUUCCCUCUCUAUCCUCCCUUCCCUCUGUUCCCUCUCUUCCCUCCCUUCCCUCGGUUCCCUCACUAUCCUCCCUUCCAUCGUUUCCCUCUCUUCCCUCCCUUCCCUCGCUUCCCGCUCUAUCCUCCCUUCCCUCUGCUCCCUCUCUUCCCUCCCUUCCCUCGUUUCCCUCUCUUCCUCCCCUUCCCUCGGUUCCCUCUCUUCCCUUGUUUCCCUCUCUUCUGUCCCUUCCCUCGUUUCCCUCUCUUCCUCCCCUUCCCUCGGUUUCCCUCUCUUCCCUAUCUUCUCUCGUUACCCUCUCGUCCCUCCCUUUCCUCGUUUCCCCCUCUUCCCUCCCUUCCCUUGUUUCCCUCUCUUCCUCCCCUUCCCUCGUUUCCCUCUCUUCCCUCUCUUCCCUCUUUUCCCUCUCUUCCCUCCCUUCCCUCGUUUCCCUCUCUUCCCUCCCUUCCCUUGUUUCCCUCUCUUCCCUCCCUUCCUUUUUUUCCCUCUCUUCCCUCCCUUCCCUCGUUUCCCUCUCUUCCCUUCCUUCCCUUGUUUCCCUCUCUUCCCUCCCUUCCCUCGUUUCCCUCUCUUCCCUCCCUUCCCUUGAUUCCCUCUCUUCCCUACCUUCCCUCGCUUCCCUCUCGACUCCCCAUCCUUCCUUCCUUACGCACUCCUGGUUUCGGAGUUAAAUUUGACUUCUACAUUCCUGCGCAACUCCCGAUACAGUCCACCCGUGUAUUCAUGGCGAUACUCUCUCAUACCGUGCUUCACUUGCAGGUGGGGUGCCUUCCUGACU